GAGAGUUACCCCAAAAAUGGAGGAUCAUCAGUUUGCAUGGAUAUUAUUGUACAUUUGGAAGGCCCGUAAUAAUAAAGUUUUCAGUAACCUUGAUGAUGAUCCGAGAGAAACACUUAACUUAGCAGAAUUGGAAUCAACACUUUGGACUGAGGCACAUGUAAUAAAUUCUCCCAGGUUGGUACAUGAGGCACGGAACAUACCAAAUUCAAGGACUACAUGAAGAUGGUGUUACACAGACGGUUCUUGGAAGGAUAAAGAUUUAUUUUCAGGGCAAGGCUGGUUCAGCACGCUACCGAGGUUUGAGGGUUUGUUAAGGACCAGGAAUGUAAGGGCAUGUCUCUCACCUCUUCAUGCGGAGAUGGAGACACUCAUUAGGGCGAUGGAAAGCAUGAAAAAUCUAAGACAGUUUAGGGUUACGUUUGCUAUGGAUUGUUCUCAAUUGGUGAAGAUGGUUUCAGAACCAGAAGAAUGGCCCGCCUUUGAAAGUUACCUGGAAGAUAUUAAGCUCUUGAGAAGAAGUUUCAUCAACUCAUAUAUUGUUCAUGUUUCCCGGACGGAAAAAAAGGCGGAUCGCUUGGCACGCAGUGCUCGGACACAACCGUCUUUCGUCGUACACAUGGAUGCAGAGUUGCCACCUUGGUUAACAGAGUCUACAUCAGUCUGUAAAUGUUUGCUGUAAAAAAAACAUAUUAGAUAUAAAUAAUGCACAAUAGAUAUUUCAACCAAUAAUCUGGUUUGGCACACUGGUUGAGCAUAUGGUGAGAUAUGAGCUGGACCCAGGUUUGACACCUUCCAUCUAUGGAUUUUAAUGAUAUUUUUUAUUAAUUAAUUAAAAUAUAAAAGCCACGUAAUCAUCCGUUAAAUCCACAUAAGCAUUCGUUACCAUUUGACUAACAGAGACACGAUCAAUGUAUGGAUAAACCUAAAUAUUUUUGUUUUGAAAUUUAAAUAUAUUGUAUGUUUUAGCACAUGAUCUGUGUGUAUGUACUGAUCGGGACCACAGUCCUCUGUUGAUGAAUGAAUUGGCCGAUUUCUCGUGUACCAGUUAAACUUGUUGUUUACAUGAUUUCUGCUACAAGUUGUACCAGUUAUACCAUCUCUUAUAAACAACUUUCUUUCCACAAUUUCAUGACUCAAAAUAUAUUUACAUUCUAUUUAACUUCAAAUCACUCUUAUUACCUUCAUGUCUCUGGUUCAAACAUGAUUCAACCGAAUCUAAUUUGUGAGAUUGCUAGAAAAGUGUGAUAAAUAAAUAAAUAUUUAUUUAAUUCUGUCAAGAAUCUGUAGAAAUUUUUGACAAAUUUAAGCAUAAAUUUUUAUUUAAUGCAGACAAGAGAAACGGUCGGCUGAGAUUGGUAGACAUGCCUUUCUAAGGGUCUUCAAGGGGUCUUGUAAUGUCCUUACAAUGGUCUUCCAAGGGUUGAAAAUAUUUAUUUAUUUAUUUAUUUAUUUUGUUAAAAAUCCAUUGAAAAUUUUGGAUAGUUCUCGAUAUAUUUAAUAAAAAUAAUUAUUUAUUUAAUUCUAUGAUAAAUCUGUAAUGAAUUUCUAAAAGAUUAUUCAUUAAAUUAUUUAAAGGACAUAUUUAUUUAUUUAUUUCUGAAAUCUGUCGAGAUUUUUUUACAGAUUCCAGACAAAUAUAUUAGAAAUAUAUAUUUAUUUGGUUUUGACGGAAAUAUUUAAGAAAUUUCUGAUAGAUUCCAAUGGAUUUAUUAAAAAUGGUAAUCUAUUUACUGAUGUUAUUAAAUCUGUUUGGAACUUUAGAUGGAACUAAAUCUAUUGGUAACUUUCAAUAAAAGUGAGAAUUCUUAGGUCCUUUUCAGUAUACAUUUUUUAUAGCUUUUUAAUUUUUAUUUUAGGAGUGUUAAUUUUGGGUUAGAGUUUAUAAAUCAUAGUCUUUUUUUGUAACAGAAUAAUUCAUAGUCUUGAUCUAUAUAUAUUAUUUCUUGUGUUGUAGUUAAUUGUGAUUGAAUGUUUGGUUAUUGAUCCAAGUUUGCCUACACUUUUACAAAACUGAAUAAAGAAUAAUAUAUUAAAUCCUAUUGGAUACUAUAGCUGAUUCGGUCAAUUACUGGUUUCCACGCUACCACCCACAAACGAAGCUUUUGUGACUGGUAGUUGUUGUUGGCAAUUUACAAUAAUCACACAAAACUCUAUAAAUCGCUUCAAACAACUCUAAACCUCUAAAUUUCAAAAGCUGUUCAAGCUAACAUUUAUGGUUGCGGGAGGACAAUUUUUUUAAAAAAACUAUAUAAAAAUAAAAAUAUUCCAUUAUAAUUUUAAAUUGAAAAAAAUAGAAGUAUAUAUUUGAUUUAUAUUAUAAAAGUUUAAAACAAAAAUAUUUAUAUAAUUUUUUAAAAUUUAAAAAUAUAAUUUAAAAAUAGAAAUUUUAUAUUUGUUAUAAUAAUAUGAUUUUUAACAUUUUUAUAAUUAUAUUAAAAUAUGAAUAUUGUUAAUUUAUUAUUUAACCAUUGCUGCAUUUGAUAGUUAACAAGUCAUAAUUAUUUUGCAAACGCAACAAUUUUUAACCAUUGUACCAGUCGAACAGAUCGUUUAAUAACGUUUAAAACUGCAACCAUCCACAUUCACAAACGCCCGUAACUACGUCUGCAACCGCUAGGGUUACACCAGUUAGGCCCCAGUAAAAUCCACACUAGCAAGGAAUCGGAGAAAGUAUACAGAAAAUAAAUUAAUUUAACAUAUUUUUAUUUUCCCACUUCUGUAGUAAACCAUAUGAGUACAUUAAUAGCAUGUGUAUAUGCCCGAAAUGAAGUAACAUAUUUCAAGGAAUUAUCUAUAUGAUCAAUUGGAUCUUGUCUACUUUUAAUUAAAAGAUGGGAGAGAAACUAGGUAAAAGACAAUCCUGGAAAAGUGAAUUAAGCUAAGGACAAUAAGACACAAUUAAAUUAUAAGAGAUAUUGAGUUGUCACUUUCUUCUUUUUUUAUGUUAUAUGUGGAUUGAUAUUAAACACCAAAAGUAUAAAGAUGUUCUAUACACAAUCAUCUCAUCUAAGUUAAGUAUAUAAACCUGAAGACCUAGUAGCAGUCCAAAAUAGAAUUGUCAUGAUCAAUCAAAUGGUAGUGACUUUUGUGCUCGGCAUUCUAAUCAUACCAGCAAUUGUCAUCAAUGGAGAGUUUUCAGAUACUCAUGAUGCUAAAAUAGAUCUAAUUUUAAAGAAACUCAACAAACCUGCUGUUAAAUCCAUCAAGAGUCCAUACGGAGGUAUAAUAGAUUGUGUCCAUAUGAAGAAUCAUCCUAUUUAUGAUCAUCCUUUAUUUAAAAACCACACUAUUCAGAUGAAACCAAGUGGUGACCACGAUAAAUGGAACAAUGAUACUUUAAAUAUAGACGACGAGAGUAUAGUUACUCAACUCUGGACAAUCAAUGGAAAAUGUCCCCAAAAUACUAUUCCAAUCAGAAGAACGACAAGAGAAGAUAUUUUACGAGCGGAAUCAAUAGAAAGCUACGGCAAAAAAUAUCCCAACAACAUUCCUCGAAGAAAACCAGCCAAUUCGACUAAUGAAAUCCAUGAGUAUGCCACCCUCCGCGUAAAUGGAAUUUUUCGUGGAGCUGAAGCAGUUAUAAAUGUGUGGAAGCCUUAUGUGCAAAUGCCAAGAGAAUUUAGCCUAGCACAAAUGUGGCUUGUGGCGGGUCCUCCUUCUAACCUUAACACCAUUGAAUUUGGUUGGCAGGUCUAUCCAGGACGUUAUGGUGAUGACAAUGCUAGAUUCUUUGUUUACUGGACUGCAGAUGGGUACCGUUCAGGCUGCUACAAUCUUGAUUGUCCAGGCUUUGUUCCUGUCAAUCAAGCAUAUGUCUUAGGAGAACCUAUUGGUCAUGUUUCUACCUUAGGUGGUCAGCAAUAUGAGAUUCCGACAACUAUAUGGAAGGAUCCCCGGACAGGGAACUGGUGGUUGAAACUUAAUCACCAUGUAUUUAUCGGAUAUUGGCCUUCCAUAUUGUUCAAUCAUCUACGAAAUGGGGCAACCGAAAUUACAUGGGGAGGCGAAAUAACAAAUUAUAGAGUUAAUUUACAACAUACAAUGACAAACAUGGGAAGUGGGGGUUUCGCAUCGGAAGGAUAUGAAAGAGCUAGUUAUUUUAGAAAACUUAAGAUAUAUGAUGAAUGUAAUACAUGGAAACCAAUUCAUGAUCAUGUUCCUGAAUAUUUCAUUACCCAAGAGAGUUGUUACAAUAUAAGAUAUGCCUAUGAAACUGACUGGGGGGAUUAUUUCUUUUAUGGUGGUCCUGGUCGAAAUCUGUAUUGUACAUGAUUACAUAUUAACAUGUUGUAGAUGCAACUAUGCCAUUA